AUGGCCCAAAUGACGUCGAAAUGGACGGAUUUGAACGGGAAAAUUAGUAAGUUCAACGCUUGUUUCAUUCAAAAGAACCGAAACCCACAAAGUGGAGCGAGCGAGGCGACAAUCAUGCGACAAGCCACCGAAGAGUAUUGCGAUCUCUACAAAAAGAGGAGUUUUCCACACGUGGCGGCAUGGGAAGUUGCGAGAAAUCACCCGAAAUGGGUUCCGGUUGAGUUGGUUGACAUGCGUGGUCCUACCGCUCCAAAAAAACAAGGAGGUUCGAAAAGAUCAAAGACAUCCGAUUGGGGGAACUACACGACUUCCGCGUCGGAUAACUUGCCCCAAAUGAACUUAAACGAAAACCCCCUUGACGAACCCGAUCAACCCGUUGACGACCCCGAGGAAGAAGAUACACCUACAAGGCCACGACGCAAGAAAAGUGGUGAAUCGUCAAGCAAAGGGAAGGAAGCGGUGGCGGAGUCCAUCUUCAGAAUCGAAGAGGAAAAAAUGUCGCGAUACAAGAAGCGAGCAGGCGUACAUGGGACAAUUGAAAACGGUUGA